CCCAACCCGCUCUUGCUCGCUUUCGCGACGCCUACUCAGGCUGCUCGCUGUGUCAAUUCCAUCGCGUUACAGUACCUCCUACGUCUGAGCUCACACGCGUUCUUUAUCCCCGUGAAACACUCUCCGCCGCACCGCAUCCCCUCGCAGUCUUCUUGACUGAGUUAUACUCUGCCGCUGUGCCCGUUCCGACACUCUGCCAUCGACCCGCGCCAUCAUCCACGGAAGCCAUCCUUCUUAAACUCAGAAAGCGCAGCUUUCCGAAAUCAUAUACCACUAGCGCCUUCACCACCCCCGAGAAGCUCCCAGGCGCCAAACAAACUCCCAUCCCCUACUUUUCCUCGUCCUCUAACUCUCUCGCCGUUGAAUCAUCAUCCCACGAUCCGUGAUAAACGCCUCGCUGCCUCUCCGCGUCUCCGCAUUCCGCCAUGGCCUUCUCGUCGGUCGUCGUCUUUCUCCCCGACGACUCGCUCCAGCUGUUCGACCAGCCCGGGGAUCUCACCGCGGCGGCGCUCCUCCGCGAGUACCCCGCGCACCAGCUUCAGCUGCACGUCGGCGCGCGCCGCGUCGUCGUCCCCGCGGACAAGGUCCUCGAGCCGGGCAGCACCUACCACGUCGUCUCCGCGAGUAGCGCCGGCGCCGCUGGAGGCGCUCCCGCCGAGGGAAAGAGUCUCCGCCCGCGAACGCCGGUGGAUUUCCCCGUCAGAGGCGCCGCCGGAAGCGGCGUCAGUAGCAGCGCCGGCUCGGAUGGCUGCGCUAUCCCACCUGUACGAGACGGCAAGGACGCCGUUGUCGCCGGCGACAACGCGGAGGGGGAGGGGGAGGACGCGGUGCCGCCGCUUCGCGCAAGUCGCGGCGGUGGUUCCGCCGGCGACGACGACGGCGCGCGGGCGGGGAUGGCGGCGACGGCGGCGGCGAUGAUGCUAACUGGGAGUGCGGGAGGGGCGGGUGUGACGCAACGAGAUGGGUUCCUGCGACUCAUGGCGGAGAUCCACGACGGUGGCGACGGAGCCGCCGAGCUGGAUCUAGGCCCUCCUGUCGUCCGCUCCAACCGCAAAUCCCGGAGCAGCCAGCAGCCGCUGGGAGACAGCAGCCGAAGCGGAAGAGAGGGAACCCAGCCUCUUGACGCAACAGGGGACGGCGCGGAGAGCUCUGGGGAAGACGACGACGACAGGGCAGAUAGCGACAGCCCGCGCCGGCCGAGGAUCUCCGAGGAUUUUAUCUCGGUGCCAAAUACGUGCAUGACGGAUCCGGACAUGUCGGGCGGGGAGAAGAAGCGCACGCUGGCGGCUGAGCUGGCGGACAUGUCGACCACCAUGACCAACGUGAUGGUGCAAUCGCGCAUGCUGCGAGGGAACGUGGUUUAAGGGGCGCAGGGAAGGGAUGGCUUCCUGAAAUUUACUUAAAAGUCACCUCUGAGCUGGCAGACCUGUCGACCACCAUGACCAACGUGAUGGUGCGGUCGCGCAUUCUGGGGGGGGGGGCGUGGUUUAGGGGGCGCAGGGAGGGCGUGACGAAUACAGGGGAUGGCGCUGCACGUGAGGGAAAACGCACAAUGGUUUGGAUGGACGGCACACAAGAUCAAGGGUUUUGAACUGCGUUAUAUAAUGGGACUGUAGCGCAUUGUAUGUAGUUGAUCAUCCUCCCAUAUGUACUAAGGGUGACCUGUAGCUCACUCUCUCUCUCCCUCGCUCUGCAAUUGCAGUUCUUACCGUGUACGAUUUUGAUGUGCAGUGCUCCGUAGGAGCAUUUUACGUACGUAGGUUGCCUGCAUGGUGGCAAACGCUCUACUUGUGCAGUUUUCACUUUUCGCAUGCACAGAGAACCUUGGCAAAUCCUGGAGAUA